GUCGGUGGGGUGCGGGUCAUUCAUUGGGUUGAAGCGGGUGGCGAGCGGCCGGGCUUGGCGGGGCGGGGCUGGUUAUGUACGACGGACGGACGAUGCCGCAGACGUCAACACCACUCACUCCUCGACCCAUCCAUCCAUUCCAUCUCCAUCCAAAUGCCAACGCCGUCGUGGGGCACACAGCUAGGCUACACGCUCGCGCUCGCGGCAGUCAUGACCGCGUACUGCAUCCUAUCGUGCGUGCAGGUCCAGCACUGGGCGACGUACCGCCCGCGGGGUUCGGCGCGCAUCUCGCAAUGGGGCACCUUCGGCAAGAUGUUGUCUGGCAAGCGCCGCCCAUUCUCAAGGGGCGGCCCCGCGCUCCUGUUCCGACUACUCCUCGUCGGCCUGCUCUCCCUCGUGUCCCUGCUGGUCGUCCUCGUGCUCGCGCUCACCCUCGACCCAUACACCCAGCUGCUCGCCAUACCACUGACGUUUGUGCCCGCCUGGGCAGCGACGUACCCCCUCGGCUCGCACUUCGUCGCACUUGUGCUCGGCGAGCCCGACCCGCCAAAGGGGGAACUCUGGCACUGGCUCCGCAGACGCCGCGACUUGUUCUGCCUGCCCGUGUUCCUCGCCAAUGUGGUGCAAGGCGCAAUUCUCUCCGUCCCUCUCUGGCAGUGGGCGGGCUACUUCUUCUCCGAGAACGUCUCGGGUGCGGCCGUCGUGGCGACUGUGGUCGUCUGCGACAUUGCGACCUGGCCCCCGAGGGUCGCUGCUACCCGCAUCAUCGACGCGCACAUGGAUGAUGCCGACGACAAGGACGACGAGGCGAGGCCGAGCUCGCUGCCGCCUUACGACGGGCUGCUCGCUACGUGUCGUGCAAUCGUGCACGAGGAGGGGUGGGCACACUCGUUCACAAUGAUAGCGCACACCCUCACGGCUGCGGCCGCCCUCCUCGACCCGCUCCCGACGCCCGCUGAGCCCCUCCCGCGCGCCGCCAUCCCCAUAGUCCUCGCGUCCAUCGUCCUCGCCGUGCCCCUCGGUCUGCUGAUUACCUUCCCGUUCGUCGGCGCCAUCGUGCGCCUGCGCGCAGACUAUAACCCCAAGGGCGUGUCGCUCGCCGACGAUGACCCGCACUACAACGGCCCGCAGCUCACUGGCGUGUUCUCGACGCUGCGGCGCACGAUUGCCGUCGAGGGCUGGUACGGCGUGUAUAAGGGCUGGGCCGUCGCGCUGCUCCAAAUCGCCAUCAUGUCCCUCGUCGCGACGAUCGGCGCCUCCCUCUUCCUGUGGCAGCGCGCGCUCGUCGAGCACUUGCUCAGCUACCAGCUCGUCAUCUGGGCGCUCGCGCUCGUCGUGCCGCCAAUCGCCGCGUUCCUCAGCCUGCCGCUGUACGUCCUCCAGAUACGCGCAAUCGUCACCCCGUACCGCGUGCCGUUCGCGCCGCGCCGCGCGCUCCGCCUGCUCCUGUCCGACGCGGAGCGCAGCGGGCCCUUCGCGCUGUACUACAUCCCCGGCCUGGUCGGCGCGCUUCUUCUUUCGACGUUCCUCAACUCCCUCGUCCGCAUAGUCCUCAAGGACGUCAUCCUCGGCCCGAACGCGCACUUCAUCACCCGCCCCAACGAGCCCCCCGAGCCCGUGAGCAUCGCCAUCGCCGGCUGGCGCUGGGCGCUCUUCGGCGCGCUGUCCCUCGCGCUCGUGUUUGUGCUCGUCCCCCUCGACGUCGUCUUCACGAAGCUGUCCGUCGCGUCCGUCCUGCCCGGCCUCGACGAGGUCGUCGGCGAGAGCACGCCCCUCGUGCCCGGCUCGAGCAACCUGCGUCUUGCGGGCGAGGAGGACGACGUCGUUGGCGUGCGUCCUGUUAGUGUGGCCGCUUACGCUGGUGUCGGGGACGCGGUGCGCCGCAUCACCGAGGAGGAGGGGACUGGCGCACUGUUCCGCGCGUGGGAGUGGACCACGGCGGGUGCGGUGCUCACCUUCGUGACGGGGUAGGCGAGCCCGCGACGCCCCACACGACCUCGCCAAGGUCCCGAACCACCCUCCGACACCAUCCCCACAACCCACUACUUACCACCCACUGUAGCCAGUCUUUGACACUCUUCCGAUGUACCACUGUGUGUAGCUGCGCGUGCGUCACGCGGCUCUGCGCUGG